AUGCUUUCAGGAAGUGCCAUCCUUUUUCUCAUCCUGCUCGGGGGCCCUCGGGAGGUGCAGACCAUCUCCCAAGUGGCAGAAUGCGGUUUUGCCUGCUCCGAGUUGUCCAACCCCUCCUACCAUCUGUGGCUGAGAGUUCCAGAAGCCUUGGCUGCUGCUUCAGUUGUGCCCACAGCCUAUUGCCUGGUGAACUGCACUCCACCUCCACCCCUGUGCUCUAGAUCCCCUGGUGUGGCUUGCAAGAACAAAGUGAACAGGAACAUUUUUAAUAGUUUUUGCCGCCAUCCAUCCCCAUUGGUGACGCCAUCCAUCCUGGAGUCCCUGACAUUGUCCACAGCUAUAAAGUGUGUCCAAAGAGGGACCUGCUCCUUACAUCUGAGUGUCAGUGCCAGCCUCGUCAUGGAAGAAAGCGUCCGAGGCCUGGAGAUCUGCCUCCUGUCCCUGGACACCCAGGAGACAAGGUGUCACAGCACCAGGAUCCCCAGGGUCGCCAGUCGGAAGAUGGUGGGCAGAAUGCUCCAGGUCCACUUUGACUGUUUUGAAGUGAAUGUUGCUCAGCACGUCUACGUCACCCUGAAGACCGUCCCCUACUACUGCGAGGUCCAGAUCAGCCGCGAGUACCACGUGGAAGGUCAGCUUCCAGGAAUUGUCCCGCAGACCGCCGACUGUAGGGGGACAUGGUUAGCCCCUGGGGGAGUAGAAAGGACAAGCUUGCGUUCAGCUGUAACCCAAGAGACAUCCUUGAGUUACUGUACAAACGCCGACGUGGGAAGAAGCAUCCCAGCCUGCUUCGGAUGCCGAGGCAUCUUCCGAUCCUGUCUUCCUGGAUCUUCACCAAAGGUCUUGGAUCAGGGGAGGUGGUGCUCGAGUGCCGCCGCAGCUGGCAGUAAAAGGACCCAGGCUCCCGCCUCCCCGCACUGUGCCCCCACUAGGGUUCUGCGGUGGCAGGGGGGGCAGAGCCCCUCUCGGGAUGGGGCUCCCCGGCCAGGCCUGUGGGGGCAGCCCUCUCUGGAGGGAGUGGCGCUCCAUCCUUACCUUUUGUCCCUGCCAGCUGGGGGGCUCCACUACGCUGUUGACCCGGCCCAGAAGGCCAUCAGGGUGCGCUUUGCAGAAGUGUCCAAGGGCCAGGCCUACUACGUCCGGCUGUGCCUCAAGUGGUUCUCUUGCGAAGACCACAGCCCACCAGUCCUCGUGCUUGCGGAGCAGCCCGGGGCGGAGGUGUCCCUGAAGUACUCUCGGCUCCUGCCGUGUCUGUGUAUCGAGGGCUGGGCUGCCGUCCCUGAUGCCGUGAGAGUCCAGAUCUGUCCCUUUGAAAAUGACACCCUCGUCCUGUGGGAUUACGUCGUCUACAACCCCUUCACUGGAGCCCUGAGCUGGGAGCCCCCCUGCCCCGUCCAGGGCCAUGUCCACCUCUGUGGGAUGUCGGAGAUGGGCGACAAGUGCUGGGAGCUGAGCAACACCAACAGGAGCAUCCCGGGCAACGUGCAUUACCUCCAGGUGGAUCCACAGCCAUGGCUUUGCAUGAAGUUCACAACCCCGCAAGGCUCCUGGGUCCGAUGUCCCUUUGCCACCGGAAACUUUCCAGGUAACUGCCUAGCACGGCGGCCCAGCCUUCCCCUUCCCCGCGUGGGCCAGCCUAGGAGGAUCCUGCCCCCAUCCGGACAACUUGGCUCGUCCCUUCGGGGCCUCGGGAGGAGGCGCGCAGUCCUUCGGCGAGCCUGACGCGCCGUCUAGUCUCCCCCCCCCCCCACUUCCGGGGAGUUUGUGUCCCGGGGCAUCUUGGGAGGGCAGGGGAAGAAUUGGCCCCGCGGUUCUAGUCCCGCGCCUGAAGGCGUCCUAAAGCUUGGCCAGUUCAGACUUAGAAGCGCCGCUGACUGACCCGCGGCCUCCCUCCCUCCCUCCCUCCGGGAGGGGCAGAGCCCUAUGUCCCAGAGGGGCGAUGCCUGCUCUCCGCGGCCGAGAAGGCUUUGGAUCUGGGGCUAAAGUUGAGGGAGGGACGGAGGGAUCCCAGGGAGAUGGAGAA